CUGUGCAGGGGAGGACUUCUGACCUCUGCCCCCGCCCCCUCCGGCUGACUCUCAGCACAGUCUGCAGUUCUGCCGGACCUGGAGGGGACAAACAGCAUCUCAUCAUGGGAAUAUAAGUGGUCUUGCAGGAACUUGCACCCAAUCCUCCUGAACCAGCAUGGCCAGCCUUCAGGACAACACUCUGCGGAUCAUUCUGGUGGGAAGAACCGGAAGUGGGAAAAGUGCGACAGCAAACACCAUCCUGGGGGAAAGGGUAUUUGAUUCUCAAGUAGCUGCCAGUGCUGUUACCAAGAGCUGUCAGAAAGCAUCGCGGGACUGGAAGGGGAGGAAGCUUGUUGUGGUGGACACCCCAGGGCUCUUUGACAGCAAGGAGACACUAGAGAACACCUGUGAGGAAAUUGCUAAAUGUGUCCUCUUCUGCAGCCCCGGGCCUCACGCCAUCAUCCUGGUCCUACCGGUGGGUCGCUUCACAGAGGAAGAGCAGGCUGCAGUUGAAUUGGUCAAGGCCAUCUUUGGGGAGCAUGUCAUGAAGCACAUGAUCAUCUUGUUCACUCAGAAAGAGGAACUGGGUGAUCGGAUGCUGAGUUAUUUAAUGGCAAUGACAGACAAGCGCCUAAAAACCAUCAUCAAGGAGUGUGAUUUACGCUGCUGUGCCUUCAACAACAACAGUGCAGACGAGGCUGAGAAGGAAGAUCAAGUGCAGGAGCUGGUGGAGCUGAUUGAAGCAAUGGUGCAGGAGAAUAAAGGGGCUCACUUUUUGGGUCCCAUCUACAAGGACAUAGUGGAAAAGCAGAAACACCUGGAAGUGGUCUUUGAGAAAAUCUGUGCUGAUUGAUCAGUAAAGGAAAAACUGCAAAAAGUAAUAUGAUCAAAAAGAAAUACCAAAGCAAGGAAUAGAGAAAAAUUUGAAACCACUAGAAGAGAAAUAUGGUAUACAUUGAAAUUACAGAGGAAGAAUUUGAAGAAAUAUAUCUACAGGUAUUUCCAAGUAAAUUCGAAGUGUGCUUUCAAAUACAUGGCAUAGUUUCUGGGAAUAAUGCAAAUUUUACUUUUACUUCUUAACUUACUGUGAUUUGUCCCUGUGGUAGAUUGUAUUUUCCAAAGUUGGCUACAGAAAUAUCUUCUAUACCAGCUCUGCUUCUUGGACUCUGCGCUGCUACUCCUUCUGUGGACUUAUGGGCUGUGUGCCCACCUUGAAAUUCCAUGGACUCUGUGACUGCUUUGAUGAGUAGUGGAUGGUCUGACUUCUGAAGUUAGAAAGGGACUGUGCUGCCUUGCUCUCUGCAGUACCUGCCCUUGGAACAUGGCCCCCGUGCUGUGAGGAAGCUCAUGUUGCCCAUGGAGAGGCCCCAGGAAGAGGACUGGAAUCCUGGCACUAUCCCCUUGCUGCUCUUCCAUCUGCCAGUGAGACCACCUGCCAGCCGUGCAAGUGUGGCCACAGGGCAGUGGGCUCUCCAGCUGCCAGCAGAGCUGCCUCAGGGGAAGCUGCAGACAGCAAAGUUGGGUCAUCCCCACCAUGUCCCACCCAGUUUGUAGAUUCAUGAGAAAAAUAAAUGCUGGUGUUUCAAACCACUAA